UUUAUUUUAAAAGCGGACAGAAGCAAACGGGAGUAUUUUAGUUCACUUGUCGGAUGGAUUCUACCGCUCUGCAGUACAAGCUGACAUUAGAGACAUCUAGCGAUAAAACCGGGACACUCCAGGAUGGAAUUCGGCCUAUGGAGAUGAUACCAGUACUUUCUACUAAUUUUGGAUUUUCCUCUUCUAUGAUUCCCCCGUCCUUUAAAGCCACAGCGAGUGGCAGGUGCCACGGUUUGUACCCCGAAGAUAUUGCGACCUGCGGAUCGUACGGAGGCGCAGAACGGGAGAUAGUUGCUCUGUCACCUGAGGCAGGUCGAAUCGCUCCAAACCAGUUUCAAAGCGACAGUCAUAUAUCUUCGUUUGUCAGCCACCGCCACAACCCGUGCACAAGAGGUGAAUAUCCCACAGGCACCCAAAUUUAUCAGCACUGGCCUUUAGAGUAUCCCCGGGCUGCACCUGUGCAGAACCAAACAGAUCACAACAGUCUGGGCACGUCUGCCUUUAGCCACUCUCAGUACUAUGGAGCACCUAUUUCAGGAGGAGCAUUCAACACUGCAAUGCCCAGUGUCUCAAGGGCUUUAGCAUUAGGAUUUGCUUCUCAAUGGUCAACGUCGCAGAACCAGGUAAAUAGACAAAGAAAAAAGCGGAUCCCUUACAGCAAACUACAAAUCACCGAACUGGAAAAGGCAUUCGAAAAUAAUCGGUUCCUCACCCCUGAAAUUCGAUUAAACAUUUCGUUGAAGUUAGGCUUAACGGAAAGGCAGGUGAAAAUAUGGUUCCAAAACCAGCGACAGAAAGAGAAGAAACUUCUCCGUGUUCAACAACCGGUAAAUCCAGGUGGUUCUGGACUGUGAAGUGGAACGUUUUCACCUAAAUACAAAUCGUAUUUG